GGCGCGACAAGAGCGCUGCGUUUCAUUCAUUUAUUGAAAUUACUAAAGUGAAGUUUUGUGUUGUGAUAUAUAUAUAUAUAUUUAGGAAUAAUUUCUCCUAUUUAUAUAAUUGGAUUGCUGUAACGUGUUCAUCAAAUCAACCUGUUAAUUCAUAAGUUUUCACAAUGGGAAAAAACUAUUAUAAAAUAUUAGGACUAACAAAAGGUGCCACAGAUGACGAGAUCAAGAAAGCGUACCGCAAGUUGGCGUUGAAAUACCAUCCCGAUAAGAACAAAUCUGUUGGCGCAGAGGAGAGGUUUAAGGAAGUGGCAGAAGCUUACGAAGUACUAUCAGACAAGAAAAAGAGAGAGAUAUACGAUGCACACGGCGAGGAAGGCCUGAAGGGUGGAAUGGGUCACCAGAACGGGCCUGGUGGCGGUCAGUCGUUCUCGUACACUUUCCACGGUGAUCCGAAGGCGACAUUUGCUCAGUUCUUUGGUUCUGCGAGCCCGUUCCAGGCCUUUUUCGAAAAUGGCGGUGGUACCACUAUGUUCUUCGACCGUGAAAUGGACGUGGAUAUGGAUCCGUUCGCCAACAUGGGCUUAGGACAGACGCGGCCCGGUGGUCCAGGUGGUGCUUUCCGCAGUCACAGCUUCAAUUUCCAUGGCUCACCAAGCAGGAAGGAGAAGACACAAGAUCCACCUAUAGAGCAUGACCUAUAUGUGUCUUUGGAGGACAUAGCUCGUGGUUGUGUAAAGAAAAUGAAGAUCUCACGGCGCGUCAUACAGACCGACGGCACAUCGAAGAAAGAAGACAAAGUGCUCACCAUUCAUGUCAAACCAGGUUGGAAGGCAGGCACGAAGAUCACUUUCCAAAAAGAAGGUGAUCAAGGCAGGAAUAAGAUACCGGCUGAUAUUGUUUUCAUCAUCAGAGAUAAACCACACCCACUCUUCAAAAGAGAAGGCAGUGAUAUUAGGUACACAGCCAAAAUCUCACUAAAACAGGCCUUAUGUGGUACAAUAAUAGAAGUCCCUACCAUGUCUGGUAACAAAUUAACAGUGAACCUGCAAGGUGAAAUAGUCAAGCCACAUACAGUUAAAAGAUUCCCCGGGUAUGGGCUACCGUUCCCCAAGGAGCCAACGAGGAAAGGUGACCUACUUGUCGCAUUUGAGAUCAAGUUCCCCGAACGCAUAAGUUCUGGUGUUAAAGAAAUACUCUCAGAUACUCUACCCAAUUAAUCUGUAAGACUGCAGAAUAUCUCAUUAAGAGAUAGAGUAUAUACAGUGAUAUUUUGACAUCCCUCUCAGUAAGUUUGCGGUUUGGCAGAUCAUGCCAAGAAGGCCUUUGGCAUGCGUUUGCCUGACCAUAGACUAGCAGGUGCUAGAGUAUAAUUGUUUAUGCUCGAAUCUUGAUGAGA